UUUGUUUGCUGGUGUGUAGGCUCCCGCAACUGCUUAUUCUUUCAUAAGAAAGCUUAAGCCUCUGCUCUCACACUAGGCGCUUAACGUCAAAUGAGGCUGACGAGAAAGGUCUCAUGUCUUAUUGAUUGGAAUUUUAUGCAGUAGGUAAACAAUGCGGUGCUAAUGGUUGCUGCAUAUUUCUGCUAGAACUGAAUCGUGACCGCUCACAGCUGACUGUGCUCGUCAAAGCGACAGUGAAUGAAUAGUUUGAGCUUGAGAGUUCGUUGGGGUGUGUGUGUACCGACAAUGCAUAUUGCUCGCAAGUACAAGACCUCGUUCUAAAGGAGGGUGGUUAGGAUUGUAGCUGGCUUGGUGCUUCAGAGAGUGGAAAUGACCUGAGCGCUGUGCGGCAACACAACGGGACUAAGAUGACCAAUGACUUGCUGGGCAGUGGCAUGCCCAGUACUUCCAGCCUUCUCAACAUCACUUCAUCAUCACCCACUCCAGCUGUUGUUGAGCCUGAAUACUUCUGCAAAUGGGUCCUAUACCACGAGAUCCCUGGCUCUCGGGUGCGCAUGUGGGACCUGUGCAUCCUGGUGCCCAAUGUGAUCUUCCUGCUGUUUAUGGCGCUGCGCUUCAACCGGGCACGGCUCAAGCUGCGUGCUACCAGUAGCCCCAUCUUCUCCACUUUCUACAUCCUUGUGUCUCUGAAUGCUGUGAUGAGUGUCAUCCGGUGUGUCGUGUCCAUGACGGUGAACGCAGCUGCCCCUGCUGGUGGCAUAGCUGACAAGGCACUGUGGGUGGCCGUACGCUUCUUCCUGCUCUCCACUGAGAUGAGUGUGCUCAUCUUUGGCCUGGCCUUUGGCCACUUGGACAGCCGCACCAGCAUCCAGCGGGUGCUCGUGGUCACCUCCUUUGUGGCACUGCUCUACUCAGGCACACAGGGUGUUUUGGAGUUGGUGCUCCCAGACCGCAAGUUCUAUGUGCCGGACAAGAACUUUGAGUUGUUUGGCCACGGGGGCAUGCUCUUCUGGUUCAUCAGCUCAGUCCUUUUUGCUGUGGUGUACAUCAUUGUGUUCCUGCUACCGUGGACUGGCUUGCGGGAACGCGUAGCCCUGCCAGCCAAGCAGAGCUUCUAUUGGUACGCACUGUUCCUUGCUGUGCUCAAUCUGACCCAGGCAGCGGGCUCGGGCCUCUACUACUAUGACGUCCGCGAAGGUGUCUGUGUGGUAGAUGUGACAAGCUACCUCUACUUCACCAUCUUCACUCCACUUGUCUACAAGACAUUCCUAGCGGAUUUUUUCAGCAUCUCGCAGCCAAGCAUCAUGUUCUCGUACAAGGCACAGACAGAUGAUCCCAUGGAAGAUGACAAUGUGAGCCUGCCCCACCAGCUGUCCUGCUCAUCGCUCAAGACCGACUCGGACUACAUUUACCAGAACAACUCACUCUAUGACAGCACCCACUUCGAUGCAGCCAACGUCAACCCUUUGUAUGCUCAGUCACUCCAGUCGCCAGACAGUGUCGUUGACUACUGUGGUGCAUCACAGCGGCCUACCUACCAGACAAGCAUUGCUCCAUCGCAGCAGCCACCUCCACGAUGAGAGCCUCCAUUGCCUCAGCUGUAGGAUGCUUUUCAGAGGAUGAGUGAUCGCUUUGAUGGAUGGUGUGGUGCUUCACAAAACAGCAUCACUUCUAGUGCUGCCGCUCUGCUAGUAUGCAGUGUGUCUUCAAGUGUCUGCUUUUAUCAGAUCUAGAUUUCAUCAGUCAUUUUUAUUUGCAUUGUGUCCAGAUGAAGCAGCUGAGACGCAUUUGGACAGUGUUCCAGGUACAGUCGCUUUAGCAGCACAUAUGGAGUGCAGUUGAUAGUGAACAAAAUGAUUUUGUGCCUCUUCUAGCUAAAUACACACUACAGUUUGUAUGCAUUGUAGAAGCAUAAGCUCUGUGUAUUGCGGUACGGACUAUAUUUUUCUGAAAGGUGUUGCAUACUUUGCUGGCUCAAGUGCUUGCACGGCUUUUCCUUUAAAAUGUCCAGAUAAAGUUCUCGCAAAGACAAAGCCACAUGUUCAAUGCAUGUGAGACAUUUCAUAGAGGCAUGCAAGCAGUGUGGGCCACUCAUCUUUUCUCACUAACCCAAGGCAUGUUCUGUGAUGGGCCACAUUUUUGCCAGCAGUGCAUGGCUGUUAGUGUCUUUUGUGUUGCUUCCGUCCUUUUACAACAAAAUGUGCUCAGUCCAGUAAGACCUGGCAGUGCAGUUGUUCUAUGUCUUGCAUUUGGCUACAACAGAGCAGAAGAGAAGCAGGGGUUUAAGCGUCAUUGCAACUUGCCCUGCAUAAAUGGUCACAGCGGCAGCAUAUAAUGCGCUCAUUAAAGUGACCUCAAAUGAAUCAUUUCAUCGGGAUUUAGAUUUUCAUGUGUGUAGACAAACAAGCUGGGGUGUGUAAAACUGUGAUGGCAUUGGGUAUCUGUUAAUUUUCUGGUGUACUUAACGUUGGUCAUCAACUUCAACUUUAUCCCCAUUUACUGUACUGAGGAGUUGUUCUUACCAGGCUUCAAGUGAAGCAUUCUUGUUUUAAGACAGAAAAACGGAGUGCAUGCCUCAUUGUGUAAGGCGUCACGCAAGUUUGAGCCAAGGCUUGCAUAACUGUUUAAAACUGGCCACUACAUUUCGCAUAGCAGUUCUCUAUAUUGUCAAAUACGCAUUUGUGUUUGGCAGCACUCUGCUGCCCUUUCUUAAUUUGAGAGUCCUGCUGUGAUCACAGAGCCUUUUCGUGUAUGACACAAUAUAGUGGCAGUUGCCACCUCUAAAUCCAGAAAGACCUCCUCGGACUUCAUUGUAAGAGAGUGACCUUUGCAUUCUAUUGCAAGGAACAAACACUACAGGGGAGAGCUUGGCUAUCGGUUGCAUAAAGAGUGAUUAUAGAUUAUGUGCAACCAUAUGUCGACUCAUUGUGUUUUUUAGUAUCAUCGCAACCUUCCAGCUGCAGUCUUCGUCACAUGUUGAAAUCCUGAAAGUUCAUCUAGCAUCUUUGUAACACCUUGAAAAAACUAAGCUAGCAAUGGUGACCAGUCAAGUCUUUGCAGCACCGCUAGUCGCACAUGUCAUCAGAGUUCUCAACCAAAUUUGGUGCACCAUUUGUCAAGCGUGUAAUUGUGAUAUUACUCGUGACACAGCUUUUUUUGGGGCCCUGUAGUUUCGUUGUAUAUUGAGACCUCUUCUUUUAAUUACUAAAACAAAAUUGCCAGAUGAUACAAGGCUCCUAAGCUGGUCCGAACAAAGCUUAUUUCUGUUGUGGUUGUUAUACAUGUGGCAUUUUCUCGAUUCACCAUUAAUAGUAAAUUAUGUGGGAAUACCCAUGUGAGUAAAGCAGAGGAUGCUGCUUUGCCAAGCUCAUUUGCAUAUUCAGGGCUUGUUUGGCAGGAGAUCUGCUGCAGUCAUAUCAGAGACAGGGUACAUUGGCAUCAUCAAGUGUGAAGCACACUAAUAUAUUUCACCCACAUGCAGGACCUAAGACUGUGCAUAAACGUGCACAACAUCUCUGCAGUCUCUUCACAGGGCAUCAUAGCUGCAACUCAAGUGAGGCCAUGAUGGCCUUUUUGUUACACACUUGUCCACUGGACAGGUGAAGCCAUCUCUUGUAACUCAAAGCAUCACAUAUAAUAUGCAUUUUCUAGCAAUUUGAGCAAUCAGCAUUCCAUGUAAGAAUGCAUGAGCAUGUAAGGUAGCAUAUUUGGGUUGUUCUAGUUAGCUUCUUCUUUUGCAGUACAGUACACUCGUUAUGUUCCUAGUAUCACUAUGACAUUAAAGGGACACACUAAAGAGGAACACUAAACCAGCCUAGACUGCUUAGAGAAAAUAAAACCAUGGCUGUGUUUUGUGUGUGUGGGCCCACAUAUUAAGUUGCAGUGCAAUUCUGAAUAAACAGCCUUGGGAAGAUGCUUUGUGCACAAUGUGCCAGUCUAGCUGAACUUAAUAUUUCUUUUCAGUGUCCCCUUGCGCAAUGUGUUGGUUGUGUGCCUCUUGAUUAUUGAAAUGUCUGUCAAGGGGAAUCGUUAUCUGUAUAGAUGAUUUAUUGCCGGAUAAAUUGAUUACUAUUUUGUUGA